AAGUGCGGCGGUGGAAGGGUCUCCAUCAUGAAGGGACCUUCCUGUUGCAAGCGGAUCUCCGCGGCUGGACCCCCAGCAGCAUCCCCAUGCCCGCUCUUUGAUGCAAACAAAGCCCGCCGGGGAGCCCGGGGCGCGCCACAAGGCUCUUGGAUUGUCCUCGGAUCUAUAUGCUGUCAUCAUAUAUGAAUGUUUGACCCUCCAUGGGCAGGAGUCCCUGGGGCUAACUCGGCACAGCGGUGACCUCCCCUAUGGAAGGUGGGAAAGAAAAAUGUGUCUUGGAUCGCCAGGACUCCAGCGAUGGAGAGAUUGUAACAGAGCUGAUUGAGUUGAUAGAUCACGAUAAGGAAGAAGGAGAAAGAUCGUUGAAGGGAUGGAAAGAAAACCUGGAGAUCUACAGAACAGCAGACUUACUGGGAGAAGACUCUCCAGCGAAGGAAAUCACGGCGGAAGGUCGUGCGAUAGAACUAACUCAGUAUGAGUCCAGCAAUGGUAAAUCUGUCGUUAUUGCGGAGCAGGAAUCAAUGGACAACCUUUCCGACGGCGACAAGAUACCCAAAGCUACCAUCUGCCCCGACUGUGGAAAGAGCUUCAGCAAUAGUUCUCACCUGGUUCGGCACCGUCGCGUCCACACAGGUGAGAAGCCUUAUAAAUGCCCCCACUGCGACAAGAGCUACCGGCAGGAUUCUCACCUGGUCCAGCACAUGCGCUCUCACACGGGGGAGAAGCCGUACCGCUGCACCCACUGUGGCAAGGGCUUCUCGCAGAGCUCCAACCUCAUCAUCCACCAGCGGACGCAUACGGGCGAACGCCCUUUCACCUGUCCCGAGUGUGGGCGGAGCUUCAGCCACAGCUCGGACCUCAUCCAGCACAAGCGGAUCCACACGGGCGAGAAGCCCUACGUCUGCUCCAUCUGCGGGAAAUGCUUCUCGCAGAGCUCCAAGGUCACCCAGCACAAGCGCUUCCACUCCGGAGAGCGGCCGUUUUCCUGCGGGGAGUGCACCAAGACGUUCCGCCUCCGGGCCGACCUGGUCCGCCACCUCCGGGCCCACACCGGCGAGCGGCCCUUCGGCUGCCCGGAGUGCGGGAAGCACUUUGCCGAGAGCUCCCACCUCAUCCGCCACCAGAGGAUCCACAUGAGCGAACGGCCCUUCCGUUGCCCGGACUGCGGGAAGGGGUUCAACCAGAGCUCCAACCUCCAGCAGCAUCAGCGGGUGCACAGAGGCCAGAAGCCGUUCAAGUGCGACGAAUGCGGGAAAGGGUUUGGCGUCAGCUCGGCCCUCCUGCAGCACCAGCGCACGCACACCGGCGAGCGGCCCUACUGCUGCAGCCAGUGCGGGAAGAGCUUUAGCGUCAGCUCCACCUAUCACAUCCACCAGCGCAUCCACGCGGGCCAAAAGCCCUACUCUUGCGCUGAUUGCGGGAAAGGGUUUGUGCGUAGCUCUGCCCUCCUCCAGCACCAAGCCACCCACACCGGCGAAAAGCCCUUCCGUUGUCCAUACUGCGGGAGGGGCUUCGGCCAGAAGUCGGCACUUUCUCAGCACAGGCGGGCCCAUGUGAGGCGAGGAGAGACGCUGGCUUUGGUGGAGGGGUGGGACAUUGCAGGGAUGGAAGAUGCCGGGGAGCAGGGGGUGGAAGGGGGCGUGGACGGCAUGUGGCAAAGCAACGGGAUGGGGAUAAUGGAACAGGAGUGGCAGGAAGAGGAGAGCCUGCGACAGCAAUGGGAGGAGGAAGGGGACCAGACCAAGAGGCCCAAUUGGCAGGACGGGGCUGACCAAAGUGCAGAGAAGCGGUUGCUAGAUGGCGGGGGAGAAAGCAGGAGGCCAGGUUGGGAGAGAGGCAUGGAGGAAGCCGGGAGGGUGGAGUGGCAGGAGGACGAAGACGAGGGCGUGGAGCAGAGCUUGCAGGCCGACGGCGCCAACGGCAUGAGGCUGGAGUGUCACGAUGACGACGACGGCGACGGCGAGAGAGCGGAGGAGGAUCCGCAGAACGAGGAUCCCAACGGCGUGAGGCUGGAAUGUCAGGACGACAACGACGACGGAAACGCAGAGGAGGGUUUGCAGGGCAGCGGCGAUCGGGGCUCCCGGCAAGCGUGUUGGGAGAAGGACGUGGAACAAGGCGGCGCAGAGCGGGGCUCGCGGGAAGAAUGGGACGCGUGUGCCGCAGACGAGAGCGUCAGGCCGCAAGCGGAGUGGCAGGACAGCGGGGAGGAUGGCGAGAGACGAAGUCGGCAGGGAGAGGAGGAGGAGGAGGAGGAUAGUUCGGAGGGGGAAAGCUGGAGGCCAGAUUGCCAGGGUGAGGAAGAGGAAGGGAUCCUGGCAUUAAAAUGAUUGGUGGGGUUUUAGUGGACAGGAGUACACAAACGGGUUGUCUAGGAAGUGCGUCCUAUAGCCAAUAACCAGCAAGUCUGACUCGGAAGUGGACAAAAGCAUCAAGGAUCUAUCGACACAAAGUGGUCUGGGCGGUUCUGUGAGUCAUAUGAUCAUAAAUGUAUUUGUGGGAGCUUCUGCUGGGGGUUGCUGCCCACUUAAAAACGUUCCUCGCCCCAAUAUCUGCAUGUCUGUGCAGGGUCACAUCAAACAGCUGCCUCACGGCCAAGCUUUAUGAUGGCCCAGCUCCCUGUCUCGUUGCAAGUCUUGUGUCAUUCUGCUGAUCAAAUCCAAUUCCAAACUGGCUGAAUUCAUUCGGGGUGUUUUAAAAUUUUACCCUUCACUGUACGCGGAGUGCCACGUUCCCCAACACAAACCGCGGCUGCAUCCACACGGGAAGGGUUCCAUUGCCUUCAGAGCACUGCCCCAAAUGCAGAGGCGUUUGAAGAAGAGUUUGAAUUUACACCCCACUGUCACGAAAUCUAAUCCUCAGCAUAGUACAUUCUCAAAGGAUUCCUUUGUUUCAAAACUCAGAGCCACGGCAGGGAGCAAGUUCCCUUAGCCUGGCCCAAGAUGGAAUCUCCUUAGCCUUGGUCUCUCAUGGCUCAGGAAAACUCUGUUUCGGCCACGAGGUAAUUUAGGCCUUUUGAAGUUUACCCUGGUACAUUUGCAUAGGAUUUCCGGAUCUCUCUCCUGAGAUCAAAGCUACUUCUCAUGCCUGUGUUACCUUUUGGUUUCUGAAUCUCUCCAUCACACCCACCUUUCUCUCCUAUAAGGAGAAUCAAGGUGGCUUACGAGCUCCUCUCCCCACAAUUGGGGAGUUAGGUGGGGCUUAGCGUUCUGAGAGAACUGUGACUAGCCCAAGGUCACCCAGCAGGAAUGUAGGAGUGCGGGAACACAUCUGGCUCACCAGAUGAGCCUCCGCCUCUCAGGUGGAGGAGUGGGGAAUCAAAACAGGUUCUCCAGAUUAGAAACCACCUGCUCUUAACCACUACACCACGCUGGCUCUUGCAUUGACUACAGAGCAUCCACAUGGAAGUUUUGUGUGUAUACUUUCCACAGUGGCCCACCAGUUUCCCUUUAUUUGUUCUGCUGUCGUGUGACUGGAUGGCCGAGGCUAGCCUGAUCUCAUCAGCUCUUGGGCCGGGUCAGCCCUGGCUAAUAUUUGGAUGGGUGACCACCAAUGAAAUCCAAGCUUUCUAUGCAGAGUGAGGCAAUAGCACACUCCCUUUUUUAGUCUCUUGCCUUGAAAAUCCUAUGGGGUCACCACCUGAAGUUGGCUGUGACUUGAUGCACUUUACACACACACGCGUGCACAACUGGAAAGCUUCCAGGUGUGAAAAAAUUGGUAAUUGCUAUUGUAUUGGAGUGCAAUUGCAUAGAACUACUUUUUGCUGUGAUCUGCUAGAGACUGGGUUUUUGAAAACUGAGGAUUCAGAGGAGCUAACCGAUGUGGCAGUAGACCUUAAAAUAUUACAAUAUUAUUGUGCAAUAGUAUAAUUGCAAUUACUUGGGUUUUUUUAUUUUAUUUUUAAACCUGUUGUCAUACUAGGAAAAAUGGCAGUCAUGGGGAAAGAAAGAAGAGUUUGGAUUUAAUAUCCUUUAAGGAAGGUGGCUUACAAGCUCCUUUCCCUUCCUCUCCCCACAACAGACACCUUGUGAGGUAGGUGGGGCUGAGAGAGUUCUGA